CCCAAUACAAGCAGCGGGAACGGCGAGUAUCGAUGGCAAAGAGGCAAAUCGAUCUCUUCCGUAUCCUAUUGUUAUCUGCUCGCAAACCAGCUAGAAUUUCAUUUUCAACCCAUAAACAUCUUCAUUCAGUUUCAUCAAAUACCGAACGACUCAUCCGUAGCCCAAAUACGCCUCAAAUCAAACAACAAUAUAAACCCACUUCCACUCUCAACGUUCUUCAAAGGUAUGGCUUUCCAACAUCUGAUUUACACAAUUUCCUCUCAAAGAAUCCCUUUUUACGGGAUACAAAGCCUUUCGACCUCGAGAAUUCGUUCAAAAUCCUUCUUGCUAUGAGACCUUCUCGUCAAUUUCUCAUUUCCUUGGUUUCUAAUUGCCCUGCUGUUCUAGAACUUGUUUUUUUGAAAAAAUGGGAAUUGGGUUUAUCAGAAUUGGGGGUAUCAAAUCCCACGGAUUUGAUGACUCAGAAUGUGAUACAGAUUUCUAGAAAGUUCUGUUUGUCUCCUGAUAAUGUUUCAAAGUCUUUAAAGCGUUUAAAGUCUUUGGGGUUGAGCGAUCGUACUUUGGUUAGAGUUCUAGAGGAGUCUCCGAUGGUGAUUGUGAUGAGAGAAAAUAAGAUUUGUGAAAUAAUACAUUUCUUAACGAAAAUGAACUUACAUGGAGCAGAAAUCGACUGGAUUCUGAACAUUUUUCCAGGGAUUUUACUUUUCAGCGUGGAAAAUAAGCUUCAGCCUUUGUUUAAUGAAUUUCACGAAUUGGGUUUUUGCCUUGAUGCAGUGAAGAAUGAAAUUCUCAUGGAACCCAGAGUCCUUGGAUUUGAACUAGGGGAGUUCUCUAAAUGUCUAGAAUUUCUCAAGAGUUUAAACUGCAGAAUCCCUAUCAAAGAGAAGAUCUUUAGUAAAGGAACUUUUAGGGCUGGAGUUGAAGUAAAACAAAGGGUUGAUUGCUUAUGCAGUCGUGGAUUGACAUAUCGAGAUGCCUUCAAUGUGCUGUGGAAAGAGCCAAGGGCAAUAGUUUAUAGUGUAAAGGACGUUGAUAGAAAGAUAGAUUUUCUAGUGCAAACUAUGAAAUUUGACGUUCAGUGUCUGGUUGAUGUUCCUGAAUAUCUUGGAGUUAAUUUUGAGAAACAGAUUGUUCCAAGAUACAAGGUGAUCGAAUAUUUGAGAUUUAGAGGAGGACUUGGAGAUGAUGUUGGAUUGAAGAGGUUAAUUGGGCUUACAAGGUUGAAGUUCUAUAAUUUCUAUGUGAAACCGUAUCCAGAGUGUGAAAAAAUCUAUGGAAGAUUUACGGUUGAUGUGGUUUCCAAAAAUAAGCAUCCAGUUGGGUUAUGGAAGCUUCUCAGACCGAAACAGUUCCCCAAAACCAAUGAAGACCUCAAGAACAUAAAAUCCUUUAUGCAUGCCAUAGCUUGAAUAUGGAAAGCCUGCAAUGGAUGUGGUUUCAAAUGAAGUGGGCUUUUUACCAUUGCCUGUGUCAUUUGUGAUUUAGUAAUUCCUACCGAAUUUACAUUAUUGGCGUGUGUUAGAUACAAUUCUCCAAUAUUGAAUAUUUUUAGUUUGUAAAAUUGAGUUUCCGCAGAAGAUCAGGCGUCUUUUUGACUGGAUUGUCUUUUUAACUGUUUCAGAAGAUCAGCUGUAUGUGUAGAAUGAAUCUCCCAGAAGAUAUUGCUUAUGCUGGAUAUAUACAAUAGACUCAUGAGGAGGACUCUAGACUGAAUCUCCAUUAAUUUCAUUUGGGAACACUUUUGUAUUUGAAUAUGGAUUUGGAUCAGGUUGAGAACUGCCAUUGAACUUUUAGAUACAAAACAAGAUAUGUUUGAAAUGAAAGAGUGUUAAGUCCGAGAAUAAGAAGUCAUGUUUGAACAAGAAAUAUUUUGUAGUUUUGAACUAUAUGAAUUACUCAGCUGGACUCUAUAUGGCUCAUCAUCUGUUUUGCCUAUUCAACCUUUAUGGCAUUAAUACAUGUUGAUUACACAAUGGCCUCAAAGAGUAAAUUCAGGUACUCUUCUUGAUUGAUCUAUUCUCAUGACGCGGGGUUUUCAAUGAUGCAAAUUGAUCAUGUAACUUAGAAUUUUGACAGUCUUCCCAAUUUAUGUCUUGUGAAUAUUUAAUUUGUAGAAAUGAAACAGUGUUUGCUAUUAUUAUUAUUA